CGUCUCAUCUCAGAGAACGACGUUACUCUCUAGCUACCGCGGCCGCCGAUCUAUGGUACCCGGGAGGACUGGUUCACUUUACGACUUUUGCUGCCGGAGUACGGCACUUUCUGGUUCCUUAUUCACUUCACGUUCAACAUGGCGUCGGGCAGCGGGACUAAAAACCUGGACUUCCGUCGGAAGUGGGAUAAAGAUGAAUAUGAGAAACUUGCAGAGAAACGGCUCACGGAAGAGAGAGAGAAGAAAGAUGGCAAACCGGUUCAGCCUGUCAAGAGGGAACUUCUGCGGCAUCGAGACUAUAAAGUGGAUCUGGAAUCCAAGCUGGGGAAAACCAUUGUCAUCACCAAAACUACCCCUCAGUCAGAGAUGGGAGGAUAUUACUGUAAUGUAUGUGACUGUGUGGUGAAAGACUCCAUCAACUUCUUGGAUCAUAUCAAUGGCAAAAAGCAUCAGAGGAAUCUGGGCAUGUCCAUGAGGGUGGAGCGCUCCACACUAGAUCAAGUGAAGAAACGCUUUGAAGUGAACAAGAAGAAAAUGGAGGAGAAACAAAAGGAUUAUGACUUUGAGGAGAGGAUGAAGGAGCUCAGAGAGGAGGAGGAAAAGGCCAAAGCCUAUAAGAAGGAAAAACAGAGAGAGAAGAAGAGAAGGGCAGAGGAAGACUUGACAUUUGAAGAGGAUGAUGAAAUGGCAGCUGUGAUGGGUUUCUCUGGCUUUGGCUCUACCAAGAAGACUCACUGAUCAGCUCUGGACUUUACCCUUUCUUGAUAAAGAUUGUUUAUACCCCCAGGACUCUGGAAAACUCUUUAAAGACUUGACAGAGAAUUUGUAUGUAAUUCUCCCACUAGAUGUUGGCUGGAGGAGUUGGGAAGCAAUUCCACGCUCAACCUGUGCUGCAGAACAAGCUCUGUCCCCAGUCAUUAGUGCCCUACUGCCUACAGAGAUACCAUAACCUUAGCCUAGCUGGCAAACCUCUAAAUUCCAAAUGAAGAGACCUUUCAAUUAGCCUCUUCUCCACAAACUCCCCCCGUCCCAUCCUGCAGUAAAUUCUGUGGAGUUCUCAUGGUUUCUGUCUCUGAUUCUUUUCAUCUUUUGUGAGGAGUCUGCAAGCUGAACGUUUCUUCUGGAAACCUCAUUGGCCUUUAGCCACCUCAUCCUUUGUACUAGUCCUGGCUGCUUGUCACUCUGUGUUCUGUGGCCGUGUGUGUGUGCGCGGGGAAACAUUCUGUUGGGUACCUUUUAGUGUUAAACUAAUAAAAUUCUGUACAGAUGGUAUGGUUCAGGAAUUGCUUGUCCAGCUGAGAAAUGGGUACACUUUUUGUUUGCUUAAAAUACAGAGAAUUCUUUACAUUUUUUUAGAUGUGUAUCAAAAGGAAUUACACUGUAAUGAGUGUUAAAUAUGGAUAGUAUAGGUUGAAUUUUUAUUUCUUUUGUUGAGAAGAGCUUGAGACUUUUUGGACACUGCGUUUGCUGAAACUUCUUUUUGUAUUUUAUCUGCAAUGGACUAUCUCUAUUUUAUUUUCACUGUUUUCCUUGUGUUCAGUGGUGUAAUCAGAAUUUCUUUAGCGUAGGUAAGAAAUAUCUUUCUGAGAUUUACCUAGGAUAGAGCUAAAGGGAAAACAGCAGAGAAAUAUGUGGAAUUUGCCUAAAAUAAAUAAUUUUUUGGAAACUA